AUGACCGAAAGCUCGACUGUUGACCAAAUCCCCAUCUCCGAUGAUGCCGAGCAGAAGGCGGACAACGGGUCUGCAUUGAGUGACCCGAUCGAACGUCGUCGGCGACAGAAUCGCAUAAACCAGAGGGCUCACCGAGAGCGCAAGCGACUGUCAUUAAUUAAAAACAUCCACCAGAAGAGCCUAGUCUCAUCCUCAAGUUCGACCUCUAACGUCCAAACGCAAGACCAUUCCUCGCAAGACCGUUCUUCGCAAGACAAUCCGAAAGUCAACUUCAACCGCAGCUCCGAAUUUCUACACAACACUCUGGAGAAAUUCGCCAAGUCAGCGUAUGAGAGUUACAUACGCGGGGACCCGAGCACUGAUCAUCUUAUGACCUUGACUAAGGUUAACGUCUUUCGAGGAUUCAUGCAAAAUUUGCGAUUAAUUGGUUGGUCGGAGUACUGGAUCGACCUUGAUGUCAUUUCGCCGUUCAGUAUAGCUUCGCCACAAACGCCCCCUCACAUGGACGAUAACAGCCUCCUUCCGAUCAGCCUGCAGCCCACUCGAAUCCAGAAAUCGAUACACCAUCACCCGUGGUUGGACUUAUUUCCCUUACCUAAGAUGCGCGAUAAUCUCAUCGAAGCCGGGGAUGAAUGGGAUGAUGAGCAGCUCUGUCACGAUAUCAUGGGGUUCUGGGGCGAUUCAACGAUGGAUGCAGGGCUGCUAGUUUGGGGAGACCCUUGGAACGUGCAGAACUGGGAGGUGACCGAGGGAUUUCUGAAGAAGUGGCAAUGGGUUAUUCGAGGAUGCCCCGAAUUGAUGAACGCGACAAAUAGUUGGCGUGCCCGUCGAGGGGAGAGACUAAUAUUCCGCUAUGUUUGA